AUGAACUCGGCACGGAGUGCUCGGUGCAAGGACACCUAUACAUGUACAUCUGUAGAUUGGAUCGAUAUCUCCAUCAACCAAUCCGUUGCCAUCCACACCUCCUCCAUCGCCCCCCGGCCGACAGCGAGCCACGGCGGCGCAAUGAAGCCAUCGUUUGUGGCCGCGACCGUCGUCUGCCUCUGGGGCGGUGCCGUCGCCGUGGGAAUCCAGAACGAGGCGCGGAAUGCCAAGCUGGUGGUCGGUAUGGAAGCCGCCAUGGCCAAGCGACAGGAGGACGCGGAGAGAAACACGUCACCACCGCUCGUGACGAGGGUCGGCGGCCAAGGCCUUCGAACGAGGGUCCGACCUGCUUAA